AUGACCUUCACCUUCACAGCUCUGAUCUAUAUGGGACUGAUUCUGGGCCUCAGAAUCCCAGUGCUGGAAGGUGCUCUCCCUAAGCCUAUCCUCAUGGUACAACCAGACUUUGUGGUCUCUGCACAGACUACAGUGACCUUCUUGUGUGAGGGGACCACAGGAGUCAAAGAGUACAGUCUCUACAAAGAUGGACACAAAUAUUUAAGGCAAACAGAGAAUCCACAGGAUUCCAAGACCAAGACUGAAUUCUCAAUCACAGAAAUAGAUCAUCGCCAUGCAGGGCGAUAUCGCUGUCAAUAUCAGACCCAUGAUGGAUGGUCAGAGUACAGUGACUCCCUGGAGCUAGUGGUGACAGGAGUCUACAGUAAACCCAGCCUGUCAGCCCAGCCAAGCCCUGUGGUGACUGAAGGAGGGAAUGUAACCGUCCAGUGUGUCUCAGGGCAGACAUAUCACAGGUUUGUUCUGACGAAGGAAGGAUCUCAGAAGCUCUCCUGGACACUGGACUCACAAUAUAACUCCCAUACUAGAAAGUACCAGGCCCUGUUCUCUGUGGGCCCUGAGACCUCCAGCCAAAGGUGGACAUUCAGAUGCUACAGCUUCAACAAGAACAGUCCACAGGUGUGGUCAGAACCUAGUGACCCCCUGGAGCUCCUGGUCUCAGGGACUCUCCACAAACCCAGCAUCAAGGCUGAGCCAAGCUCUAUGGUCUCUUCCAGGAGUGCUGUGAUCAUCUGGUGUCAUGGGACCCUGGUUGCAGAAAAAUGUGUUCUGCAUGAAGAGGGAAGCCAAAAACCCUGGGGCACACAGACCCCAGAGAAGCCUGAGAACAAGGCCAAGUUCUCCAUCCCUUCUGUGACACAGCAACAUGGGGGACAAUAUCGCUGUUACUGUUACAGCUCAGCUGGCUGGUCAGAGCGCAGUGACACCCUGGAGAUUGUGGUGACAGGAAUCUACUACUACAAUAAACCCAGCGUGACAGCCCUGCCCAGCCCUGUGGUGACCUCAGGAGGAAACAUGACUCUCAAGUGUGUCUCACAGGAUGAAUAUAAUAAACUCAUUCUCACCAAGGAUGACCAGAAGUUCCUCAGCUCUCAGAACUCACAGUAUAUACACAGUAUUAUGCAGUACCAAGCCUUGUUCUCUAUAGAUCAUGUAACACCAGACCAUAGAGGGACAUUCAGAUGUUAUGGUUACUACAAACAAACUCCACACUGGUGGUCAGUGCCCAGUGAGCCCCCGGAAAUAUACACCUCAGGCCUCUCCAAGAAGCCCUCCUUUCUGACUCACCAAGGCCAGAUCCUGGACCCUGGGAAGAGCCUCACCCUGCAGUGUUGUUCUGACAUCAACUAUGACAGAUUUGCUCUGUACAAGUUGGGAGGAGCUGACUUCACCCACCAUGGUGUAGAGUGGACCCAGAGUGGCCUCUCCUUGGCCAACAUCACACUGGGCCCUGUGAGCAGCUCUACUGGAGGCCAAUACAGAUGCUAUGGUGUACACAACCUCUCCUUUGAGUGGUCAGCCUCCAGUGACCCCCUGGAUAUCCUCAUCACAGGACAGCUUCCCUUCAGUCCUUCCCUCUCAGUGAAGCCUAACUCCACAGUACACUCUGGAGACAACGUGACCCUGCUGUGUCAGUCAACAUUCAAAGUGGACACUUUCAUUCUGUCCAAGGAGGGAGCAGCCCACCAACCCCAGAGACUAAAAUCAAAGUCUGAAGCUUCGGAGUUCCAAGCAGAAUUCUCCAUGAGUGCUGUGACCUCUGACCUCUCAGGCACCUACAGGUGCUAUGGUUCUAGAGACUCAUCUCACUACCUUUUGUCACAUGCCAGUGACCCUGUGGAGCUCACAGUCUCAGGAUUCUUUGGAGCCUCCAGCCUGCCACCCUCAAGGCCCAUUCCAACAGAUGACUCAGAGAUCCAGGAUCACACAGUGGAGAAUCUCAUCAGGAUGGGGUUUGCUGUCAUGAUCCUCAUAGUCCUUGGGAUUCUGGUCAUUGAGGACUGGGGCAGCCAGAGGCGUGCCCAACGUGCAGCUGAGAAGUAA